AUGCUGGAGGCGCUGUGGGAGUGCCGCUGCGCGGCCACGCGCCCCGGGGACCUGCUGGCGCUGGUGGGCAGCCACGAACGCCUGGGCCACUGGUCACCCCACAAGGCAGUGGUCCUGACCACUGACGCGGCCUCCUUCCCCACCUGGCGCACGGGGCCCCUGGCCUUCGCGGGGCCCCCCCGGGGGCCCCUCAGUCUCGAGUACAAGUUUUUGAUUCUGCGCGCGGGGGGCGGGGUGGAGUGGGAGGCCCUCAGCAGCAACCGCAGCGCCAGUCUCCCCGCGGACUCGGUCUCCCACAUCCAGAACGUCUGGGGCUCUCUCGCAGGGCGACGCGGGGACACCGCAGGGUCGGCGGACGAGGCCGGCGGCGGCGGCCUCCGCCCCGCCCUCAAACGCUCCGCCUUCAUCCUCGCAAACACUGGACCGAUUUCCGACUACUACCUCAUGGACAAGACGAUUGGGCGGGGCACGUGGGGCGAAGUCAAGCUGGUGGUCGACAAGCAGACGAAGGCGCGCCGCGCGGCGAAGAAAAUCCCCAAGUGCUACAUCGAAGACGCGGAGCGCUUCCGCCAAGAAAUCGAAAUCAUGAAGGCCCUCGACCACCCCAACAUCGUGCGCCUCUUCGAAACCUUCGAGGACGCCUCCGCCUUUUACCUGGUGAUGGAGUUUUGCGGCGGCGGCGAGCUCUUCGACCGCCUCCUCGCCGCCGGCGCCCUCACGGAGCGUCUCGCCUGCGCCGUCAUGCGCCAGGUCCGCCUGCUGCUGCUGCGCUGCUGCUGCUGCUGCGCUCCUGCUGCGCUCCUGCUUCCGUCCUGCUGCGCUCCUGCUGC